AUGAUAAAACAUGAUUUAAAAUGGAUAAAAUUAAAAUUGCAACAAUAUUAUCACAAUCAUCAUUUCUCUUAUUGGCAUAUGACUACAUUAUCAACGAUCAGCGAUCAAUUAUUAUCAUUUAUCAGUGUUAAUGAUAUGAUUAUUGAAGUAUUACUAUCUUCAUUUCGAAUAUUUUGCUAUCACUUUUCCUCAUUCAUAUUACAAAUAUUAAUUUUCAACCUUAUAUUACAAACAGUUUUAUUACCAUAUGCUAAUGGUAAAACAGAUAUUUCUAUUGCUAAUUCUAAUUCAAAUAAUUCCGGCAACAUUAUUUCUCAAACGGAUUCGUCAUUAUCAUCAUUACCGGAUGAUAUUUUUGACAGACAUGAACCGAUCAAAAAUAUUAUUGGAGGUGUGUACUCAAGUAAUAUAACUUUAUAUUACCGUAAUUCACCAUAUCAUGUCCAAACCGAUUUGACAAUUGAGACGAAUGCCGUUUUAACAAUCGAAACUGGAGUACGAAUUUAUUUCGAUAAUGGUAUUGGAAUUAAAAUUAAAGGAGCUAUAAGGGCUAUGGGAAAUGAGUUUGCUCAUAUUCAAAUGUUACCAUAUCAACAAAUUAUCAAUUAUGAUUUGCAAAUGCCACAAUUUCGUCUUAUUGAUGGGACAUCCGUACGACAGGGACGAUUACAAAUUAAAUUUCAAAAUCGUUGGCGGUCAAUUUGUACAAAGCUAACAAACUGGACAUCAACAGAUAUUAGCACAGCAUGUCGAUCGAUGGGUUUCAAUGAUGGCGGUUUCUGGAAAUGGUAUAAGCGAAACAACGAUACAUUUCCAUUUGUGAUGCCAUAUCCGAAAUGUCCACCAAAUGUUUCAUCGUUGUGGAAUUGCGAAGGAUUCAGUAAUCCUAAUGCAAUACCAUUAAGUGAAAAUCUUUGCCAAGGUGAAGAUGAUUUAGGAAUUCAUUGCUGGGGAAUACCGGUAUUUCUUGAAUCGGAAAAACAUUGGAAAGGUUUGCAAAUAUUCUCAUCAUCAUUACAGUAUGUAAAUUCCGAUCCUGAUAUGGUUGCCUUACAUCAGGAAUCUACCAGUAAACUUGAAUUUGUUGACAUACUAUAUGCUGGAUACGAUGGGUCAACCAAAAAUACAACAGCAUCGGUUUGGAUUGAAGGUAUUCCACCGAUUAUGAAUGGCCUUCGGAUUGAGAGAAGUGCCGGUGAUGCUAUUCAUCUUGAACAACUCACCGGUCCUGUUGUCAUUGCUAAUUCAACCAUCCGUAAUAAUAGAGGUCAUGGAAUAGCGGUAAUGAACACUACUGAUGGCCGAGUUUUUAUUAAUAUGACAACUAUUACCGGGAAUUACGGUGACGGUAUACAUUAUCGUGAAGGAUAUGACACGUCUUGGUAUUCUGCCGUAUCUAGUAAUGGACUUGAAAAUGAUUUAGUGCAAUUUCAAAAUAAUAAAAAGCCAAGAUUGGAUAUGUGUAUAGAACAUAAAAUACCGCAUACUUUCUUUUUUCCACAUUUAAUUCAAGCAAAGCUUAUCAAUGGAACUGUAAUUGAUGGUAGCAAUGCUUCACCUUGUUGGAUGAUAGUAUCACUACCAACCGAACUACCGUAUACCUACAGUAUACAAUUUGUGGCAGUGAAAAAUGAAAAUGAUGAAAAUCUGGAUUCGGAAACUAGAUUAGUCAUAUGUAAUGCAAAUGUGAAUUAUGAUGGCUGUGAUAGUGAACGAUAUCGUAUCCCAAUUUUGAAUAAUAUUCUUCCUCAAACAGUUUCAUUCCGGACUACUGAUCAACCAAUAUUUCUUUCGUUAGAGCAUAUACCAAGUGGGCUAAGUGGUCGAGUUGCUGGUGAUAUUAAUUUAAUUUUUCGAAUUCAUGCUUCUGUUACUGAUAAAGCAUUUUACGGUUUGAAUAUAACGCAUACGCUAAUAGCAAAUAAUACGGGAAAUGGCAUUUUGGCGCAAGAUAUACGUGAAAGAACAGUGUUAACAAAUGUAACAAUAAUGGAAAAUGAGGGGAAUGCGGGAUUUUUGGUGCGUGAUGGUGCGGCAGAUAUAUGGAUUAAUGCAUCACGAAUCAGUGACAAUUGGGGUGACGGUAUUAAUAUUUCAUAUGCUGGUGGUUCGAUUACAAUUAAUGGUACCAUAAUUAGUGGCAACAAAUGGCGAGGUUGUGCAUUUCAUCAAAAUACCUCAUCGCCAUAUUUACCUCUUCAUCAAGAAAUUAUUAUUAAAGGACGUCCAUCGAAUAAUAUUUUUUAUUUACGUACACAAAUUGUUGACAAUGCAUGGGGUGGUAUUUUAAUUGGAAAUUUUUGUAUACCAUUAUGGAAAAAUAUUCAACCAAAGGUGCUAAUAAGUUGGACUGAGUUAAUCGGAAAUCGUUACCAUGCAUCUGUUGAGAUAUUCGCAUGUCAGAAAGUUGGAAUGGCUAAUACCAUUGUUGAUUUUACCGGAAAUAGAAUUGAAGGUGGUCUAGGUGUAGGUUUCCGGAUGGAACCAGCUGUAAAUACCAUAACGAUUAUAUCAAGUAAUCAAUUUAUUGCAAACAAUAAUACUGCCUUGAUCAUUCGAAAUGCUCGUUAUCCACAAUUGUAUAAUUUACCUGCUCAGGUGAUUAUUUCAAAGAAUUCAUUCAAAUUUAAUAUCGGCCAAAGUAUCGUUUCUCUUGGCAUGGUGGAAGGUUCCCAAAUUCAAAAUAUUACAUUUAAUCAACAAAAUGAAGUUCGAGAAAAUCGUGUCAUUAAUCCAUUUCCUUACCUUAAUCCACGGUCUACUCCAUAUGCUGCUUUAGUGGUUUCUAGCAGCAAUAUAAUAAUCAAUCGUAACUGUUUCAAAAAUCCUCAAGCAACAUAUGAAAUUGCUAGUGAACUUGCUGAACAUGCUAAAUGGAUCGAUGCUCGGGAAAAUAAUUGGGGCUACCCAAGGCCUGAGUUAUUUAUGCAUCGAAUUUUUGAUCAAUUCAAUCGUUAUACCUUAGCUGUUAUUGAAGUAAAUCCAUUUGCUGCUGUAUGCAAUCAACGAAGGCCUCAUAUUACUACCGUACAGCAAUACUAUCGUUCAUUUCGGAAAGAUAGUGAACCAUACAUUUUAGGUGGUACAAUUUGGGAAAAUCAAGAUUUAGGAAAGGGUUUGUAUACAGUAGUAGAUGAUUUAAAUAUUGUACCUGGAGCUCGUCUUACAUUAUCACCAGAUACUGUAUUACAAUUCAAUAAUGGUUUAGGGAUGUUGAUUCAGGGUGAAUUAGUGCGAGCGGAAUUGCAUUCCUCUGAUGAAAUGGUUAAAUUCACAGGUGCACCGUUUACUCUGCCUCAGCUACCGAAUAUUCGUCUAGUGGAUGAAAACAAUAAAACUGAUGUUCUUUCUGGUCGUUUAGAAGUAUUUGUUAACAAUCAGUGGGGUACAAUUUGCAAUAGAAGUUGGACCAAAGAAUUAGGAUUACUGGCAUGUAAUCAACUUGGCCUUAUAAUGGAUCCUGAAUAUUUUGAAAAUUGGCAAAUAUUUCCAUCUCCGGGUGAAUUACCAAUAGUAAUGGAUAAUAUUCGUUGUGAAGAAAAUGAAUAUGAUAUUACAAAUUGUCGACAUGAUGGUGUUGAUCAUAAUAUUGCAGCAUCAUGUUUACCAACAAAUGUUGUCGGUUUACGAUGUAUGGAGCCUUGUUGGAGUGGUGUUCGAUAUUCUUUCCUUGCAAAUCCACCAUUAGUUACGGGUCAAAGUUCCAUGGAAAAAUGGAUUAUUGAAAAAGCGGGACUUUUCGACUUUCGUAUACCAAAAUUUAGUCCAGCAUUACAGAUUGAUUGGAAUUGUCAUACGUUUCAUAAUUUGUACAUUAGAAAUAAUUUUUGGAAUGGUAUUGAUAUAGUAUACAAUGAUUUAACAAGAAAGCCAGCAAUUCGAAUGAGCCAAUUUGAAAAUAAUCGUCGUCAUGGCUUCAAAAUACGUUCACAGGGAAUUACAAUUCAUAAGGUAUCUCUAACCGGAAAUGAACAAUCCGGUUUUCGAUAUAAUCCAAUGAUAACUAAUGAUUUACAACGUGAUAUAGUGACGUGGUUGGAGCGUAGAGAGCAACCGGAAAUGGAAGCUAAUAAUGUUUUCAUAAUACCUAACGUAAAUAUCGAUAAGUUAACGGUUCAUGAAUCACAUCUUAAUCAACGAAAAUUUUUAAUUGCUAAAGUAACAUCGGACUGUCCACUUGCACUUCUUGAUCCAUGCAUUUAUGAAAUGUCAUUAUUUGCAAGUGGCCAUGAAUAUGGUUUGAAUUCAAGAUUAGCUAUACAAGUUAUUAAUUGGGUUAAUGAGGAAAGCGAUGAAGAUAUCCUUCUAAUGGAUAAUAUCGGGAAAAAAAUUUGGAGUGUACGUAAUGAUCUCAUUCAUUUCCCCAUUUUAUCACUAUCAAAUACAUUACAAUUAAAAUAUACGCGAACAUACGGGAAACCAUCAGUAAUCAUUUUGGUACUUUUUCUUGAUGCACAAGAAUAUUUGAAUCGAUAUGUGCAUGUGUAUCAAUCAGAAAUAAUCAAUAAUCGAUAUGCUAUAUCAUCAAUUCAUUAUUCAAAUUGGAUAACACAAAAUGAUAAUUUGUUGAAUCGAUUUGCAAAUGAAAAACUUUGGUUUCAAAAAGUUGAUUUUAUUAAUAAUACGGAUGCAAUUAUAUGGAUUCAUUCACCACAACAUAUCAUUUUUAAUAAUACACCAAUUGCAAAGAUUGCUUAUCAUAUUGAUAACUGUUCGAUAAUUAACAAUACUGGAUCAAUUAUUGAAUCACAUUAUGAUCUUUACAAUAGUGCUAAUAUAUUUGAAUGGUUUUUUUGGUCCAAUACUUUUGAAAAUAAUGCAAAUAGUACAAUAAUGAUACAUUUACCUGAUACUAUCAAUUUAUCAGCUCAGCAAAUUCAUUCUCUCAAAAUGACAGAAAAUCGCUUUGAAAAUAAUACAAAUUUUGCAAUAUUUAUUAAUGGAUAUUAUGCAUUUAUUAAUAUAUCAUCCAAUAAUUUCACAAACAAUAAUGCACCAAAUGAAAUUGGCUUAAUUACAUUAAAUGGAAUGGAAAAAACUUUAUUCUUUGAACGAAAUCGACUCAUUUACAAUUACGGUUGUUGGAUGUUAAAAAUGAAUAUUCGAUCUCAUUCAUUACGUAAUAAAGCAACAGCUUGGAUUCAAUAUAAUUACUUUGUGCAAAAUAGUUUUUUACAUAAUACGCAAGAAUACGUGGAUAUGUGGCCACGAUCAUUUACUAUUGGCAUAUUUGGAUCACAAUUAGCUAAUAUUCAUUUUAAUCGUUUAUGGAAUAUUUUAUUUGAUUUCGAGCUUAUUUCUGGCGCUAAGAGCGCAAAUGUGAAGGAUACGAUGAAUGUGACCUAUAAUUGGUGGGGUGUCGCUAAUGAAGCUGCAAUUAAUCAACGAAUUUUUGAUUUUGAUGAUUGGAAUAUUUUUACAUUGGCAUUAUUUAGUCCAUUUUAUGUUACAAAGGAGAAUUUCAUUAGUUUUUGGUGGAAACCACAAAAUGGACAAUUAGCAAAUGAAAAGCAUUCAGAACCAUCCAUUUAUAAUUUAAAUGGUCGUAUUUACGAGUCUAAAAUUCUCACUUAUAAUCGUGAACGUUGGCAUGAAUUUCCAUUUCAUUAUAAGCCAUUUGAACCGUAUCGAAUUAUUAAAGAUUUAACAAUUAUGCCUGGUGCAACACUUACUAUUGAAAAAGGUGUCGAAGUACAUGUUUGGCCAAAUGUUCGUAUCCUUGUUUUGGGUAAUUUAAGAGCAGAAGGAACAUACUGGGAGCCAAUACGUUUUAAGCCAAUUAACGUAACGGAAUACGCAAAAGAACGUGAUACAAUCACGUCACGUCAUAAACGCUCAAAUCAACAUUGUUCAUUCAUUCAAUCCAAUAAUUUAUGCCAUUACCAAACAAAGCGACAAAUUAAAUGGUAUGGAAAAGAUACAAUUAAUCAAUAUUUUCCAUCAUUAAAUCGAUAUAAUUCAUAUUAUCAACAAUUUGGAAUACGUUUGAAUGGAACAAAGCCAACUAAUGGAUUUUUAGAAUUUUAUAAUGCAACAACAAAUGAAUGGAUACCAUCGUGUGAUCGAGCAUUUACCAUACGAAAUGCACAGGUGGUAUGUCGUGAACUUGGCUUUAAAAGUGCUAAUGUUUAUGAAUGGUUAACACCACGAUGGAAUUAUAAUCCAAAAAUAACAAUUCGAAAAAAUUAUGUUACACCACGGCAAUGUAUUGGAGAAGAAUUAAAGUUUGACCAUUGUCCACUACGUAUGAGUAAUAAUUUAAGUAUGUGGCAAUGUAUUGAUAAUGAACAUUUUAAUUAUAUAUAUUGUGAUGAAAAACCGACCCUAAACAGUAAUUAUAUUGGUAAUUGGGGUGGUAUUACAAUUACGCAUGAUAGCAUUGAUUAUGCACAAAGUAAUAAUACAACGACAGAACAAUCAGUACUAAGAAAUGUGGAAAUUGUUGGUGGUGGAUUAGGUCAUAAUGAAAGUAUUGACGUAGCUACGUUACUAUCAAUUGGACGUAGUCCGAUCUUCGAUCACGUAAACAUAACAAAUUCAUCAAUGCAUGGCUUACAGAUUCUCAUUCCAUAUAGAGAUAUAAUUCUGAACAAACUUAAUGUAACACAAAAUCAUGGCUAUGGCAUAAGCUUAUGGUUAUCAAAUUUACAGGGAUCAGGUGGUAAUUCAGCAAGUGUAUUAGGAAUGAUGAAUAUUAUACCGUAUAAUGCUCGUGGUUUAUUAGAUAUUUGCUCAGCACAAAAAGAAUUCGAAGUUUUAAAUCGUAUAAUAAUGUUUUACAAAUAUGAUUCGCAUACUGUUGAUUGUGUUAAAAUCUUUACAUCACCGGAACGAAGCAUUGGAUUUCGAUUUCUUUUGAUUAAUCCUUACGAUGGUUCUCAAAUGAAUUAUGGCCGUUUAGAUUCAGUAACACUUUACAGUGAUGCAAAAUUUACUCAAAUUAUACAUCAGUUUACUUCACAAACAUCAGACUGGUCGUUAAAUAUCCAAGCACAAUCGCUUUUGGCUAUACAUAUGAGAGCUAAUGCAGCCAAUGGAAUUUAUGGAUUUAUUGCUGAAAUUACUGUUGUUCCAACAUUAACACAAACAUAUGCUAUAGAUGAAGUUUUAAUACGAAAUAGCUACAUCGAGAGGAAUGACCGCGGUGCGAUAAUUUAUCGUAAUACAGGUGAAUUAGGACCUAAUCUUAUAAUUAGCAAUUGUAUGAUUCGGAAUAAUGGCUAUCAUUUAUUUGGUAAUAUCAGUACAACUACCUAUGCCAUUCAAUUGCAUUUUCAUAAUACAUUGUUCGCUCAAUUCCAUAACAAUUUAUUGAUGGAUAAUAUUGGUGGAUUAGGGAUGACUGCAUUAACAACAAGUCCAAUUGCUCGAUUAAGUGUAAUUAUCCGUGAAUGUGCUUUCAUGCAUAAUUCAAAUGGUACUAUUCUUACUUUUGUAGGAAAUGGUAAUCAGAAAUUAUGGUUAUUCAAUAAUCUGAUCCGAAGUAAUUAUGCAUUAUAUCACGAUACAGUACUGCUAAGAGGUAUUACGGCUAAUUUAACACUUAAUCUAUUCGCUAACAACACGGGCUUACAUAAUCUCGACUUACGACCUAAUUUACCUGAUUCAUUGGAUUUAUAUGUAUUGUAUAAGAAUUGGUUUUAUGAUAACGUUGCUGUUGGACAUGGCUAUCAGCGUCAGGAGCGAUAUGGAUAUCAACCGGAUUAUUUGGCUGAUGAAUUUAUGUCUCGACCAAAACGACAACUAAUAAUGGAAGACGGUGUAAGUUUUGAUUGGUGGACACAUAUUGGUACAGAAUCGGAACGUUAUCGAAGUACAGUAUAUGCAGGCAUUUCGAAUGUACUGUAUCGUGCAAAUGUAUUCAAUAAUCCAAUUAAUCCGUAUGAAUUAGUUGCGGGAAAAGCAAAUAGCCUAGAAGGACAUGCAAUUGAUGCAAGAGAAAAUUACUGGGGUUAUCCGGGAACAGUUAGUGUUGCAAGUGGAAAAAUUCGUGAUUAUCAUGAUUAUAAAUAUUUAAUUCGAGUGGAUUAUGUGCCAGUGCUUGAAUCCAAUGCAUCACUUGUUGAAGGUGACUGUCCAGCCGGAUGGUUUCAGAUCGGUAGAGAUGAAUUUAAAUCUUGUUUUCUAUACAGUGGUGCGGUAAGCACUUAUAUGGCUGCUGUCAAAUUUUGUCAGGAAAUGGAUGCAUUUGUACCAUAUUUACGAGUUGAUGAUAACAGACAAAAACAACUUGCAAAACGAAUCGAUGAUAUCAUACAUAUGCGAACAAACGAUAAUAUCGAUCGUUACAAUACUUUUACAGAUGUAUACGAUAGACAGGUAUGGAUCUCAGGUGUAACAGUUCCAUUAACACAAUGCGGUUGGUUAAGCACACGCACUGGUAAUAUUGGUACUCAGAAUUGCAAUAAUUUAUUGUCAUUUGUAUGUGAAAAAGGAGUGUUAUCAUACGAUGAGCCAACACUUUGGCGAGGUGGUAUAAUUAUUGCUAUAAUUGCAUUAAGUAUACUUUUAGUCAUCAUUUUACUCCUAGCUGUUUGUUGGUACAGGAAAUCAACAAAACGGAAAGAGGAAGAAGUAAGCCGGAAGGAAUGCAUCCGUGCUUCAUUAAGACUUAGUAAAUUAGCAAAUGAAUUACGGAAGAAUAAUGGUGACAACCGCCGAAUUAUUAACAAUAUGCCAACAAAUGAAAUGUUAAAUGGUGUUGAUUUGCAAACAGAUGAUGCAAUCAUGAAUGCACAUCGUAAUUUGGUUCACGGAAAGGAUAAUAAUCCAUGGUCAACAAUAACAAAACCUGAUUUAUCUACCGGAAUAUAUUCAGGAAAUAAUUCUGUUACUUCAUUUCUUGAUCAAAAUAUUAAAUGUCGUCCAUCUGCUGUAGAAUUAAACAAAAUAAAUUCUACUAUUGAUUCAUUAUGUUCUCGAAAUAGCUCGGAAAGUUUUACAUAUCAUAUGCCAUCAUCAGUAUCCAGGAAUUCGAUAUCACAAAAACCAAAUCCAUAUGCUGAAGUAUCAUUAAGUGUUUUUAACGCUUAUGGAACGAUCAAUAAUCGUACAGGUAACAAUAAUAAUCGAUCAGUGAUCGAUCGACAUAAUACGGACACAUCAACGUGUAGCACAAGUACGGACACUGUCACAUGUUCAACAUGUCAAGAUUGUAAUGAAUCAACGCUUACAGAACGAUCAUCAUGGAAUGAUACAAGUAGUGCUCAGUCAUCAAUCAUUUCUGAUCGAACUAUCCAACAUUUGAUUAAACCACUUCUUAAUCGAACAGAACAAUUGACAACAAAGGUGACAACAAGAGAUGACAUGUUACCUAAAACUUUUAUUGAUUCACAUCCACGAUCUCCAUAUAGUAAAUUAGUAGAUCUUCCACCACCGCCAUUAUUUAAUCCAAAAUUACUUGAGAUUUAUGGAACUUUAUCUGUUGUAUCAGAUGAAAGAGAUGGUGAAACAUCACUUAAACCGAUACGGACCGCACCACCACCGCCACAAACAUUACCACAAACGCCACAAUCACUAUCACUAUCAGCAACAAUAUUACCAUCAUUAUCAUCAUCAUUAUCAUCAUCAUCAUCAACAACAACAAUAACAACAACAACAACACCUUGUAUUGCUGCUACCUCAAUCAAUGAUCAAUUUGAUAUUCCAACUAUUUCAUCGCCACCACGGCGUUCAUUCUAUGAAACUACAACAGAAUUAGUUAAAAAUAGACCUUAUAGUAGUAGCUCAUCUUCAUAUAAAACAAAAAUUCGUCCUUCUAUUCCACCACCAAAUCCACCACCAAAUUAUGAAUAUAUUCGAAAUCCUCAAUCAAGUCAAUCACUUGUUGAUCUCAUUACACCAGCAGUACCUUAUCAACGAAGUAAUUCAACUGGUAAAGCAUUACCUAUCGAAACAUCAAUGUAA